AUGCUCCCUUACGCUACGGCGGCCGAGGCAGAGGCGGCGCUGGGGCGCGUCAUGACGUCGGCGGAGGCCGCGUGGUUCCGUUACUCGGCGGCGCUGCCGGACCCCUUGCUCUACUGCCUAACCAUCGCCAUCGUGCUUCUCGUCUACACGCUCGUGGGGCUGCCCCUCGCACUGGUCGAGCUCAGCGCUCCGGCGGACGACGUCUCCGUAAUGCAGUACAAGCUGCAGCCCCGCGUGCGCCUGUCGCCGGCCGAAUUCCUCCGAUGCUACCUGGACAGUGUGCGCCUCUUGGUGCUCUACGGCGGCGGGCUCAGCGUCUUGUCCUACCCUGGCCUCAAGAUCCUGGUCCGCACGGGGCUGCCGCUGCCGUCGGCGUCGCAGACCGUGGCGCAGCUCAUCGUGUACCUGAUGGUGCAGGACUAUGUCACCUACUGGUUCCACCGAGUGCUGCACACCAGGUGGGUAUACCAAAACAUCCACCGCGUCCACCACGAGUACACCGCGCCCUUCGGCUUCGUCUCGGAGUACGCACACUGGGCCGACGUGCUCCUCCUCGGUGUCCCUUCCAUGGCUGGCCCGGCCAUCAUACCGUGCCAUGUGACAACCUUGUGGCUCUGGUUCGCCAUGCUCCAAGUAAUUGCCAUCGACCUCCACUCUGGGUUCGACUUCCCGUUCAACCCCACAAAUUUUAUCCCCUUCUACGGAGGGGCACGCCACCAUGACUAUCAUCACCGCGUAGGAAGCCAGAGCAACUUUGCUCCAACUUUCACCUAUUGCGACUAUCUGUACGGGACAGAUAAACUUACUAUUUUAUAG